CACCACCGCGCGCGCGAUGUAGCCUCAGUCCAAAAAAAAAAAAAAAAAUUGCGCAAUGCUUGAAGUGGUGCAGUAACUUAAGAGCUGACGGGGAAUGUGCGAAGUUUCUAUCAGCAUAGUGGUUCUUUACUGAUAAUUGUUUAUUUUUUCUCCCCAACUUCCCCCUUGGCACCUUUUUCUACUGCUACAGGGCGAAGGGAUGCAUCUCAUGAUGAGCAGCAAACAGGACCAAAUGUAAUUCAGGAGCAGAGCCAGUGGUGCAUUUUGGACGACCCUGCCGCGCUUUUUCUCACCGGCCACGCUCGCUCUCGGCUCCGCUGCAGCCGGUGGCCGAUGUUGCAGCAGAUAUGAGUGUUGGACCAAGAUUUGUUCCCGUUGCACUUUUUCUUGGAAUUGUCCUCACUCGCCGUGGCCAUUGCAACCAAGUUGUGCUGCUGGAUACAACGUCUGUGCUUGGAGAGCUUGGAUGGAAGACAUAUCCUAUAAAUGGGUGGGAUGCCAUCACGGAGAUGGACGAGCACAACCGUCCCAUUCAUACCUUUCAAGUGUGCAACGUGAUGGAGCCCAACCAGAACAACUGGCUUCGAUCCAAUUGGAUCUCUCGCCAAGCGGCCCAAAAAAUCUAUGUGGAGCUUCGCUUCACCUUACGUGACUGCAACUCCAUCCCUUGGGUGUCUGGCACGUGCAAGGAGACCUUCAACCUCUUCUAUCAUGAGACUGACGAGGCACACGGGGUAAAAUUCAAACCGGCUCAGUACACCAAGAUAGACACCAUCGCCGCGGAUGAGAGCUUCACCCAGAUGGAUCUCGGAGACCGCAUUCUGAAGCUCAACACUGAGGUUCGUGAGGUGGGACCCAUGACCAAGAGCGGCUUCUAUCUCGCAUUCCAGGACAUCGGGGCCUGCAUUGCUUUGGUCUCCGUGAGAGUCUACUACAAGAAAUGCCCGUUCACACUGAGGAACCUGGCCUCGUUUCCAGACACGGUGCCUCGUGUGGACUCAUCUUCAUUGGUGGAGGUGAGGGGUGCAUGUAUUGACCAUGCGGAAGAAAGGGACACACCCAAGCUUUUCUGCGGAGCUGAUGGCGACUGGUUGGUCCCCCUGGGAAGAUGUGUCUGCAGUGUUGGCUAUGAGGAGGUCGAUGGAACCUGCAUUGCAUGCCGACCAGGCUUCUACAAGGCUUUUGCUGGAAACAUCAAGUGUUCAAAGUGCCCACUUAAUAGUUUCAGCUAUGGAGAAGGUGCCGCAGUCUGCCGAUGUGAAGUGGGGUACUUCAGGGCUGGAAAAGAUCCCCCAACUAUGGCUUGCACACGUCCUCCAUCCCCUCCUCGUAACUUACUUUUCAAUCUCAAUGACACAUGUCUGAUGCUCGAGUGGUCACCCCCCAGUGACUCUGGGGGUCGCCGAGACCUGACCUAUAACGUCCAAUGCAAACGCUGCGGUCGAGAGCCGGGCCAGUGUCAGCUUUGUGAGGAGGAGCUGCGUUUCCUACCCCAACCGUUAGGCCUGACUACCGCCUCUGUCACCGUCGUGGACUUCUCAGCGCACGCUAAUUACACCUUUGAGAUUGAGUCACUCAACGGCGUUUCAGACAUGAGCUCAUUUCCACGACAGGUCGCCAUCAUUACCGUCAGCACCGAUCAAGGCGGUCCCUCGCUGGUGGGCUCCCUGAAGAAAGACUGGGCGUCUCCCAACAGCAUCGCUCUUUCCUGGCAGCAACCCAAAGAAACAACGUUGCCCAUUCUCGACUAUGAGAUCAAAUACUAUGAGAAGGAACGAGAGCAGCAGAGUUAUUCUUCAACAAGCACCAAGGAUCCUAGUGUGAUCAUCACAGGCUUGAAACCAGCCACCUGGUACGUCUUCAGUGUCCGCACCCGCACGCCAUCUGGAUACAGCGCCCACGCCACCAGAUAUGAAUACAAAACUACCGGAGAUUCAUCAGAUCUGGUCUCCGACCAAGGUCAGGUUUUGGUCAUCGUUACGGCGGCGGUGGGUGGCUUUACCCUUCUCGUCAUCCUCACCCUCUUCCUCCUCAUUACGGGAAGGUGUCAGUGGUACAUCAAGGCCAAGAUGACCUCCGAGGAUAAGAGGAGGGCCGAUUAUCAGACCGGACACGUUCCUUACCCUGGGAUUAAGACCUAUGUGGAUCCCGACACUUACGAAGACCCCGCGCAGGCCGUCCAUGAGUUUACCAAGGAGAUCGACCCAUGUCGGAUCCGUAUCGAGAGAGUGAUCGGAGCCGGUGAGUUUGGAGAGGUGUGCAGCGGCCGUCUGAGAACACCAGGCAAGAAGGAGAUUGCUGUGGCAAUAAAGACACUGAAAGGUGGCUAUGUGGAGCGUCAGAGGCGGGAUUUCCUACGCGAGGCUUCCAUCAUGGGGCAGUUUGAUCACCCCAACAUCAUCAGGCUGGAGGGUGUCGUCACAAAAAGCAGGCCUGUGAUGAUUGUGGUGGAGUAUAUGGAAAAUGGAUCACUGGACUCAUUUCUGAGGCAACACGAUGGUCACUUCACUGUCAUCCAGUUGGUUGGCAUGCUGCGUGGCAUCGCCUCAGGAAUGAUGUACCUGUCAGACAUGGGCUACGUUCAUCGAGACCUGGCAGCUCGAAACAUCUUGGUCAACAGCAACCUGGUGUGUAAAGUGUCCGAUUUUGGUCUGUCCCGAAUCCUGGAGGACGAUCCCGAGGCUGCGUACACCACCACGGGUGGAAAGAUCCCAAUCCGAUGGACCGCUCCAGAAGCUAUCUCAUACCGAAAGUUCUCCUCAGCUAGUGAUGCGUGGAGUUAUGGCAUUGUCAUGUGGGAAGUGAUGUCCUAUGGGGAGCGGCCAUAUUGGGAGAUGUCUAAUCAGGACGUGAUUCUGUCUAUCGAGGAGGGCUAUCGGCUUCCUGCACCAAUGGGCUGCCCUGUGGCACUCCACCAACUGAUGCUGCACUGCUGGCAAACAGAAAGAAGUCAUCGGCCCAGAUUUGCAGACGUCGUCUCCUUCUUGGAUAAACUCAUUCGCAAUCCCAGUAGUUUAUUGCCGCUGGUGGAAGACUUUCAGAGUCUACCGGAGUCUCCCGUGGAGGAAAUGGACUACCCACUGUUCAUCUCUAUUGGUGACUGGCUGGACUCCAUCAAAAUGAGUCAGUACAAAAGCAACUUCAUGGCAACGGGCUACAACACGUUGGAUUCUGUUGCCAGGAUGAAUAUCGAAGAUGUGAGGCGCAUCGGGGUGGAUCUGAUCGGCCACCAGCGGCGGAUCAUCAGCAGCGUACAGACCCUCCAUUUGCAGCUACUACACGAACAGGAGAAAGGCUUCCACGUAUGAGGUCGUCCUUUCACACGGCCUGGGACGGACACGUGGACGGAGCAGAUGGCGAGAAAGUCUAGACUGACAGAGAGACACUUCACAGCCUGUGCCUGAGUCUUAUUCCCUUAGACGCUCUGUAGGAAGGACGUCAUUGGACUUGUCAGACUGCCCUCCCAGGCUGGUAGUUAUGGACCGGACUCUUUUUCUACUACACACCCCUUACCCGGUAUACCUGGUCUGGCCAGACUAUUUUUUGACCGUCCAGUAGUUUGGCCCGAGCCGUCACUUAGAGGAAUGUAAUGCCUUGUUACAGCUGCGGUAUUUUCUGUGUGAAGGUAAAUAAUCUUAGAUAUGUAGAUUUAUGGACAUAAUCUACUGAAUCUUUGGAUUUUUCUUUUCUUGGUCAUGUAGCUGCUCCUCGGUGUGCAAAAUAUGUUUCUACCCUCAGCAUAAAAAAAAAAAAAUAGCCUCACCACUUUUCAUUUUGUAAUAUGAUCAGUUAUCACAAAGUAAUGUGCAUUACUUGACUUUCUCUCCAGAGAGUCGAGUACACUAAUACUUGAAGUGGUGAGAAGCGAGUCAAGGAGAUUUCUUGAAUGUUAAAAUGUAUAGAAAGCUAAUCAGUAAUUAUUAUCAUGACCUUCUAUUAUAUAUGUGUGCAGAUCUAUAUGUCAACGUGAAUCUGAAUCUUAUUUCAAAUGGUAUUUAUUUAUAUCAGAUUAGCAAUAAUCACCUCAGUGUCUCGCAAAAGAGAUGACAAAUUGUGCAAUGGGAGCCUCCAGACUGAUUUUAGUGCCACGUAUCCGGCCGGCUCGCUAAACUGGACCGGUUGCCUUCGCAUGAAAAAGUCAAAAUGAUUUGCAAUGUGGCUCACCGCUGUCUUAACAAAAGAAUGUUCACAUAACUCAUAAAUAAAGUAUAUUAUUUCCUAUUAACAAAUAUAUAUAUAUACACAACAUAGACUUUUAUGGUUCUUCAGAAUUAUGAGAAAUACUUUUAGUUAAAGAUAUUUAUUUGCACACGUGGGAUUAAUGGCAGCCACUGUGUGCUUACUUUGUGAUCAUGUAAAGGUUGUGGAAUUCGUGGCAGUAGGGUAACCAAGUGUACAUAAAAGUAGUCUGAAAUGAAAACUUUUGGAUCCGCAGUAGUUGAUGUCACGUCGUCAGAUGUUUACCAUUGAAAUUAUUUAUCUUCAUUCCGGUAAACAGGCGGUGGUAUAGAAUAUAACUAUUAAAUAUGAAUAUAAAGAAGCCUUUUUGGUGGGGAUCGCGAAAAUCAGAGAAACUGGCAGCUUUUCAAAAUUAAGUUAGCAGAGAGCGCACGAACGUUAACAGCAGCAUCUUCGUUGAUCUUGUCUGACUAGCAACGGUCCCAUGCUCACACAUGUAUGCCUUACAGUCUCUUCACAUUUUAGCAAAUAUGUUUCAGUGGCAUCCGAGGAUUUAUCCCUUCAAUGAAGUUAUAGAUUAUAGAUAAGAGUGAGCUUCAGUUACACAGUACAUGAGACACACUCUCACUGGGACAAACCCUUCGACAGUCAAACGGAAAAUAUCAGAUGCUGUUUGUUAAGCAUGUUCUACUGCUGAGCAAUGUUAGAACGUUCUUUUGUACAAAGUACAAGUAUACUAAUGAUUACAAUUCUUGUAUUUUAUUUUUUUAUAAUUUCCAAAGAGAUGUUGUAGAUCUUGCACACUGUAAGAGGCAGUUAA